AGUCGCAGCGCCCGUGGCUACAGCUCCCCGUCUACUUCCACCCGUUGAAAAGGGCCGCCGGGCGCUCUCGCGCUACCCUUCCCAGGAGGCAAAGCGCCGGUCCGCGGACACGGCGCGGACUACAGCUCCCAGCGUGCCUAGCCAGAGAGGCCGGGCGGCGAUUGGGCCUUGGGCUCUGAUUGGCGGCGAUGCUCACCAAUGGGAGGGGUGCGGGCGGCUGGGCCGCUGGGCGCGCUCGGGCGGGCGCGAGUCGUUGCUGGAGGGCGGGUUCCUGGCCCCAGGUCGCCAUGCUGCCUACAAAGGUGGAAAUCGAGAAGCAGGAUCUGGAGAUGACCAAUGCCCGGAACCGCCUUGAUGCUGUGCUGCAGUGUCUGCUGGAGAAGAGUGAUGUGGACCGGGACUCCUCCCCCUCCGCGACUGGGAAGAGGCCCUCAGCACGGUUCUCCCAUCACCGGCGCAAGAAGAGGAAGGAGACAGAUGACGGAUUGACUGAGGGUGGCCAGCAGAGACAGAACACCUACAUCAUCAAGCUGUUUGACAGGAGUGUGGACCUAGCGCAGUUUGCAGAGAGCACCCCGCUGUACCCCAUCUGCCGGGCCUGGAUGAGGAACAGCCCCGCUGUGCGCGAGAGGGAGCGCUCGCCCAGCCCCCCGCUGCCUGCCCUGCCUGAGGAUGAGGAGGGGGCUGAGGGGCUGAAUGGGAAGAGCCAGGAUGUGUACAAGCUGCCCCCGCCGUGUGCUGGCCUGGAGAGUGCUGGUGGGGAGUCUGUGAGCGCCAGGAUACCCUCCCCGCUGCCACCUGAGGAUGGGGGGCUGCCCCCUGACAUGACCCCUGACCCACGGCCUUCGAUGUCAUCUCUCAUCUAUAAGAACAUGGAGCGCUGGAAGAAGAUCCGCCAGCGGUGGAAGGAGGCAUCGCACCGGAACCAGCUGCGCUAUGCUGAGAGCAUGAAGAUCCUCAAGGAGAUGUACGAGCGGCAGUGAGGGGCCCAGGCCCCUGUCUCUGGGGGUGGGGCUGUACUGAGGCCCAGCCACUGGGAAUGGGGCCACGUGGGCACCCCGCCUCUGGGGAGGCCACUCCUAGUAGAAAGCAGCUGAAUACCCUGGGCGUGGUGUGGGGGAGAGGGCGGGGGUGCCCCUCAUGCUCCCCUUCUGUCCCCUGGGCUCUGAGUGGGGUGGGACUGCCCCUGAAUGGAGGCAGCGGCUAGUGCAUGGAAGGGGGCCUAGUCUCCCAUCCCAACCUCACUCCUCUCCUCCCCCACCAGUUCCAACACAGCCAAUAAAUGGAGUCCCUGGCA